CUGUGUGCUUGUGUUUGUGUCUGUGGCCGCGCUCUGCACGCUGUGCUUGAGUGUGUGACCGCGCUCUGCGUGCUGUGUUAUUGUGUUGUCUGUUGUGUGAGCAGCAUCUGCACUAUGUGUGAUCAGCAUCUGCACUGUGUGUGAUUGUGUUGUGUGAUCAGCAUCUGCACUGUGUGUGAUUGUGUUGUGUGAGCAGCAUCUGCACUGUGUGUGAUUGUGUUGUGUGAGCAGCAUCUGCACUGUGUGUGAUUGUGUUGUGUGAGCAGCAUCUGCACUGUGUGUGAUUGUGUUGUGUGAGCAGCAUCUGCACUGUGUGUGAUUGUGUUGUCUGUUGUGUGAGCAGCAUCUGCACUGUGUGCUGCAGGGGUUUGUGUAGUGUGAGUGACCUCUGUAUUGUGUGUCUGUUGCUGUAAUUGUGUGUUGUCACUGCACUGCUUGUGUGUUGUGUGAAUCUGCUGUUUGUUUCUGUGUCUGUUGUGUGAGAGCACACAGCUAUCUAUAACUAAGGAGUUAGGUAUAGUUAGGGCUCAUUCAAUCUGUUCUAUGGAUAGUUCACACUCGUAAAACGCAUAGUCAGGAUUGUGUGUCUUUGUGUUAGUGUGCACCCAGCGUGUGUGUCUUUGUGUUAGUGUGCACCCAGCGUGUGUGUCUUUGUGUUAGUGUGCACCCAGUUUGUGUGUGUGUGGCAGCUGCUGCAGAGGUAGUACAAGCAUGGCAGAGUCACCUGCAGAGCUAACACAGAACCCACUGAAAAAGAUCUGGGUGCCCUGCAACAAUGGACACCCCGUACAGCACAGCGCACAACGGAAAGUGUGUAUGACAAAUUGUCCCACUCUCAUUGUUAUGGUCGGCCUUCCUGCUCGGGGCAAGACUUACAUCUCUAAGAAACUGACCCGUUACCUCAACUGGAUCGGCGUACCAACCAAAGAAUUUAAUGUGGGCCAAUACCGUCGGGACUUUGUGAAAUCCUAUAAAUCCUUUGAGUUCUUCCUUCCUGACAAUGAGGAGGGGCAAAGAAUACGCAAGCAGUGUGCCUUACUGGCGUUGAGUGACGUUGGACGCUAUCUGGGAGAGGAGGGUGGUCACGUGGCGGUCUUUGAUGCGACAAACACAACGAGAGAACGAAGAGAAACCAUCCUCAAAUUUGCUGAUCAGAAUGGCUUUAAAACGUUUUUUGUGGAAUCGGUGUGUAUGGAUCCAGAGGUUAUCGCACAAAACAUUGUGCAAGUGAAGCUCAGCAGCCCAGACUAUGUGCACUGCAGCAGUGAGGAGGCUACAGAGGAUUUCAUGAAAAGGAUCGAUAGUUACAAGAACUCAUAUCAGACCCUGGAUGACAGCCAUGACAAGGACCUGUCCUUCAUUAAGAUUAUGGAUGUGGGACGAAGAUACUUGGUCAACCGUGUAAUGGAUCAUAUCCAGAGUCGUAUUGUUUACUACCUGAUGAACAUACACGUCACACCGCGAUCCAUCUACUUGUGCCGGCACGGCGAGAGUGAGCUGAAUCUUAAGGGGAAGAUUGGUGGAGAUUCUGGGCUCUCCAACCGAGGGAAAGCGUUUGCUAAAUAUCUAUCCAAAUACAUUGAAGAGCAGAACAUAAACGACCUGAAGGUGUGGACCAGCCAGAUGAAGAGGACAAUACAGACUGCGGAGGCGCUGGGUGUGCCAUACGAGCAGUGGAAAACGCUAAACGAGAUAGAUGCGGGCGUUUGUGAAGAGAUGCGUUAUGAGGAGAUACAGGAACGCUAUCCGCUGGAGUUUGCUCUGCGUGACCAGGAUAAAUAUAGAUACCGAUACCCGAAGGGAGAAUCCUAUGAAGACCUGGUGCAGCGGCUGGAACCGGUCAUCAUGGAGCUGGAGCGCCAGGAAAAUGUCCUUGUAAUCUGCCACCAAGCUGUCAUGCGGUGCCUGCUCGCAUACUUUCUCGAUAAGAGCGCAAGGGAGCUGCCUUAUCUCAUAUGCCCCCUGCACACAGUGUUGAAGCUCACCCCUGUUGCCUAUGGUUGUAAGGUAGAAACCAUCAGUUUACAGGUGGAAGCUGUGAAUACGCACAGGGAAAAGCCUGAGAACGUAGAUAUUUCUCGACCAUCAGAGGCUGCCCUGGUUACUGUACCCGAUCACCACUGACCGAACCCUAACCUCCUGAAUGUUGAUGUGGACCGGUCGAGUGAAGAAGCCUUGCAGACAGUACCGAGCCACCUCUAGCCGCCAGUGAGAAUUCCUACUGCGGAUGAGAAGCAGCAUCACAAAAACCUGUCCGUCCCUCCUCUUCUGAGCCAGACAGAAAAACACACAAACCUUGUGUGUUCUUUUUCUUUUUUUUUUUAUUCUCUAAGUUGGCUGACGGGUGGUAGUGCCAGGUUUCGGCAUCUGUCAGGGUUAUAGACUGUGUAGCUGGUGGGCGCUGUGAUCUUUUGCGUAGCCUUGUGUAUGGGCCCUGCUUGUACGUUGUCAGGUGCGAUAAGUGUUUGCUCACCAGCUCUGGCUUGGUCUAAAUGUGAAGAAGCAACAGUAAGGGAGUGAGGUUACUGAAGUGACUUUAUACCCCCUGUGUGACACCUCCUAAUACCUGCGUUCCCGUGACGUUUAUCAAACACCUCAUCGCUCUUGGCAUCAUAUGGGAUAUUUAUUUCUUGCAUCAUCACACGUAAUGCUUGUUUUACUUUUUAAGUAUAUCCCAUAGCUUUUCUUUGAAUUCAUAUACUUAUAUGGUGCAACAACAGAGGUUGCAUACAACACUCCCUUUAAAUCUUUUUAUUCCAUGUAACCCUCCCUAUAACUCCUCUCUAUAACUCCUCUAUUGCACCAUAUAACCCUCCCUAUAACUCCUACUAUUGCACCAUAUAACCCUUCCUAUAUCUCCUCCUACUGCACCAUAUAACCCUCCCUAUAACUCCUCCUAUUGUACCAUAUAACCCUCCCUAUGACUCCUCCUAUUGCACCAUAUAACCCUCCCUAUAACUCCUUAUAUUGCACCAUAUAACCCUCCCUAUAACUCCUCCUAUUGCACCAUAUAACCCUCCCUAUAACUCCUAUUGCACCAUAUAACCCUCCCUAUAACUCCUCCUAUUGCACCAUAUAACCCUCCCUAUAACUCCUCCUUUUGCACCUUAUAACCCUCCCUAUAACUCCUAUUGCACUGUAUAACUCCUCCUAUUGCACCAUAGAACCCUCCCUAUAACUCUUCCUAUUGCAUCAUAUAACCCUCCCUAUAACUCCUAUUGCAUCAUAUAACCCUCCCUAUAACUCCUAUUGCACCAUAUAACCCUCCCUAUAGCACCUCCUAUUGCACCAUAAAACCCUCCCUAUAAACCUCUAAUAGCUCCGUUACACUUUUUUUUUUUGUACCUAAACAUACAAGUAUGAAGGCUGCUGAUCUCUGUAUAAGAGUAUGAAGUGCUGCUUUAACCUUUUCUGUGCAGAAUGGAUGAAACAGCACAAGCCUUGCUGUCUGUGGCACUCAGUAUAGCGGCCACCUGCUCACUGUACAGGAAAUCACUGCGCAGGAACCUCCAGAACUCUGACCAUGUAUCUCUGCACUGAGACUUUUGCUGUCACAUAUCAGGUUUUCCGGAUCAUUUUAAUAUUCUAUUUCUCUUAUAUAUGAAAUAUUUUGGAUAAUUAUUAGGGCAUUUGCAUUGAUACGUUUUGUGCAAUAUGUACAGAUUUCUUACUGUAGUUUAUCAUUUUCCUUAAAAAAAAGUUUUUAAGCAAAAAUGUCAAUUUAGUUUUAUUGGGACAUUUUUUAAUGCAAAACUUAAAUAUUUUAUUUAAUUAGCACCUGUAAUUUUUCUAUUAGUAUCCCUGUGUGUUCAACUGCCGCAAAGGGGUUAAACGCAUAGCUUAAAGUCCAGCUGAAACGCCUCAACACAUUGCAGCCCCUGAGCCAUUCACAGGCUGUAAGCCAAUGAAGAACAGCAUACUCAUGUAUCCACCAAUCACUAACCAUGUCCUAUUUGGGAACUGCAAUGUGUUGCUUAUCCUAAAUAGACUUAAGCAAUGUGUUUAAAUAAACAUCAUACUCAAUUUUUUUCUUUCCAUUUGAAAGUAGCUUUUUAUUUUUUUCAAAAAUAUCUAUUGCUGAGCUGAAUAAAUCGUUUUCAGUGGGAGUUGACUCUGAUAGCCAAUGAAACAGCUAGGUACCCUUGUACUAUUAGUUUAACUUUUAUAUCUAAAUAGUUUUUACUUAAAGGGCCAUUAUACCCAAAUGUUGAAACAGUUAAAAGUGAUGCAGCAUAGCUGUAAAAAGCUAACAAGAAAAUAUCACAAGAACAUCUCUAUGUAAAAAAAAAGAUAUUUUAACUCAAAAUGCCCUAAGUAUUUACACCCCACUGUAAAGAACUUUAAGCAGCCAAUCGGUAAUAUGCCUGUCCCAGGACUUGCAAGGGAACGUGCCUCAUGCACACAUGUUAUUUCCCUAUUCAGUUUAAGGAAGUUUACUAUGAAAUCUCCUGACUUCACAGUAAGAGUUCAUAAACCUCAGCACUGCUGAUGCUGAUUGGCUGCUGCUCAUUUCUUCCUUUUUUUUUCCUGCAGCUGGACAGUAACUGAAGUCUAACUUUUUACAGAGCACUUACUCUGGUGAGGUAAAAUAUCUUCCUUGUUUACAUAGAGAUGCUCAGGUGAUAUUUUCCUGUCAGUUUUUUACAGCUGUGCUGCAGCACUAUCAAGUCUUGGGUAUCGUUUGGGUAUCGUCCCUUUAACGAUGCAACAAAAUGUAUUUUUAUCAUGACUGACUGCUCUUUCACAUGUGGUAAGAAACCGUUUGAGUACAGCAUCCUUUUGCGCAAAAUAUGAACAUUGAAUUUCUGCAUAAUUCCUCUUAAAUUCUCUCACAAUCUGCUUAAUAUUCAUAAAACUAAAUAUCAAGGCCAUGAAAAACAAAAAUCAGUAUCUUUGGUUUGUAUUUGUUUAUCUCAGGUUAAAAUUGUAUUGAGACAAAUUCCAGGAAGCAGGAAAAGGUGCGGCUGCUAGAAUUUUACUCCUGCUUCAUAUAUUUUUUUAGAUUAAUUCAAAGGCGCAUUAAGCUUAAAAUGUAAUUCCUCAUGAAUUAAUGGAAUAUAAACUACAUUGCAAUAUACAUUCAAUUUAUUUAUUUUGCCUACUUAUGUAAUAUAUAUAUAUAUUUUCAUAUUCUCUCACAGACAUAUAUAUAUAUAUAUAUAUAUAUAUAUAUAUACACACACACACACACAGAGUAUAUAUAAACUAAAUUGCAUAAGAUCUGCAUUCAAAAUAAAGUGAUUUUAAAACAUUUGUUAAUGACAUUGUGCUAACAAACUACAGUAGUUGAAAACCAUGCUGAGUAUUUUAUCUCCUUUUUAAUUCUGAUAAAUAAAUAGUGUUCAAUUAGGCCAAAUGAGUUUCUGUGUUGCUCUAAUCAAUCACUAUGUAGUGUAUAAUCGAUCAGAAGAUUUGCAGACUACAUCGGUUACAGAAUUAGACCUCUAAAUACUGUGGGGCAAGAGCCGAGCACUAUUUUUACAGCAAAAGCGAAUACAAUAAAUAAUCAACGUAGAUUGCAAUUAUUAUUAUUUUUCCUUUAAUUAAAGUUUGGGUUUAAUCUCCCUUUUUUAAAGGCAGAUUCAAUGCAUUAUUUAUGGUUUGUAGAUGGGGCGAAUGAGGAAUAAAUUAUGUAUUUUUUUCACUAUGGAAUGUUAUGAUCAAUGUAACCUGCAUAAAUCUCGCCCCUUUUUAUAUUCUUAUAGCAGAUGUUUUGUUGUAAUAAUGUACAGUAUUUACUUAUGAUCUAGAAGCACAAUAUUAUUUUUGUAUAUAUUCUCCCAUAUGUAAUAUUUACAGUCCAUGUAUAAAGGGACCUGGAAAGCAUAUAUUUUUUUCUGUCGGACAUUUAAAUGCACAGCAAUUAACUUUUACGUUUUUUAAAUGAGAUUUUAGCAUGUUUAACAUGGAAACUAGCAGGAAUUGACCAUUUGUGCACAACUUAUCCAUGUAGUCCUCGCACAUAUACAAUAAAGUAUAACUAUUUAGAAGUUUCCACAAAACCCGCAUUUUUCGGAAGUUAUAAUUUUUUUAUUUUUUUUUAAAUCUCUGUACUCCAUUUUUCCUGCUGCAGCUCUUCCGUUCCGCUUUGUAAAUAUUCCGGUAUCAUUUUAUAAAACAAGAGACUUCCUAACCAUUCCCUGACCUGGCCAGAUUCAACCAUGUUGUAUCCAGUCAUGUUCUGAUCUCCCUGAGUCAGCCCUUAGCCUCACACUGUGUUCCUGUGCUGAAUACGCCUGUAUUUUCUCUUUCUCAUACCAAAAGUUUAAUCUCGACUUUUCCCUCCCUUUAAAUACUGGCCACAUUUUUAAUAAUAAGAUUAAAGCAUGUGUAUUUAUACCAGAUUGUGUGAUUUUGAGGUGUGUGUAUAUAUAUAUAUAUAUAUAUAUAUAUAUAUAUAUAUAUAUAUAUAUAUAUAUAUAUAUUUACACCAAAUUAAUUUGCAGCUUCCUAUGUAACUGUAAACUAAAAAUCUGAUUUAUUUAGUGUGAGUAUAAUAUAAUAGCCUCUUUUUUAAAAAAAAAAAAAAAAGCCGUUUGUGUGCCCCGUUUUAUGGGAAACUUGGGUAUGAAAACCUUGAGAAUUAUUCAGCAUCGGAACAUUAGCAAAACUUGUGCUAAAAUAUCCUUUUAGUUGCACCAACGGAAGAUGCUUUCUGUGUCUCUUUAAUGAACCUGCAAUAAUUAAUACUAUAGAAACAUUAAAAGCAAAUGGCUGCAGGGAAUUCCAUACAUUUUUACUGUUAUCUGAAACAUUUUAAAUUCAGGAACCAUCACUGAACAUUUGACCCCUCUGGUUUCUUUAUGAAAUGUGCAAUUUUUCUUAUAUAUUUUUUUCUUGUCUGUAAAUAAAGCAAAUGAAUCUGUCGUUUCCUGGCCUCUGUACCUUAUGUCACGUUAUUGUAUCAACGCUUUAACAGGGCGGCGGUUAAUCAACAAAUGUAAUUGUUUGUUCAUGUACAAAAUGCUUUCUGUAACUACUGCUUGACCUCAAAUGGAAACAUAAAAUACAAUCAAUCUUA